CGUUUCAACAUAAGAGUGGCUUAUGUAAACCCAGAGAUAUUUGAAAAUAAAAAAGUAUUUUGACUCCCAGAAAACGUGCAAAAACAGGUUUGGGGAGUGUUUAGCUCAACCUUUCCUGUUCCCUUUCCAAGCGUUAAACUGAGCGGGCAUCAUGUGACUUCAGUUUACACGGUUGACGGUCUCUCCAUGAGACCCUCCAUCAGAGCAGCCUCCUCCUCUCAGAACGCUGCUGUACGGGGAUAGGAGACUGCUGAUCCCCGCAAUGAUCUCUAAUGCACUUUAAUACAGCCGUCAUCAUGUGAGAUACUGUGCGUGAGGGUGAAUAUUCAGCAGAAGGAAGUGUGUUCAUAACACUGAUCCGAAAGAGAAAGUAACUCGAAACUCAUGGCUGAUUACCUUAUCAGCGGUGGAACUGGGUACGUUCCAGAGGAUGGACUCACUGCCCAGCAGCUCUUUGCAAUUGGUGAUGGUCUCACAUACAAUGAUUUCCUCAUACUGCCUGGCUUCAUUGACUUCACAUCCGAUGAAGUGGAUUUGACAUCUGCCCUGACCCGCAAGAUAACCCUGAAGACGCCACUUAUUUCCUCUCCCAUGGACACAGUCACAGAGUCCUCCAUGGCCAUCGCUAUGGCUCUCAUGGGCGGAAUAGGAAUCAUUCAUCACAACUGCACACCUGAGUUCCAGGCCAAUGAGGUCCGGAAAGUCAAGAAAUUUGAGCAGGGCUUCAUUACGGACCCUGUAGUGAUGAGUCCACGGCACACGGUUGGUGAUGUGUUUGAAGCAAAGGUACGGCACGGUUUCUCCGGCAUCCCAGUUACAGAAACCGGCAAGAUGGGCAGCAAGCUGGUGGGCAUCAUUACAUCACGAGACAUUGACUUCCUGUCAGAGAAAGAUUACAACAGACCACUGGAGGAGGCAAUGACAAAACGAGAAGAUUUAGUGGUUGCUCCAGCAGGUGUGACGUUAAAAGAGGCUAAUGACAUCUUACAGCGCAGUAAAAAAGGUAAACUGCCUAUAGUGAAUGACAGCGAUGAGCUUGUAACUAUAAUCGCUCGUACCGAUCUGAAGAAGAACAGAGACUAUCCUCUGGCCUCCAAAGACUCUCACAAACAGCUGCUGUGUGGUGCUGCCAUCGGCACCCAAGAGGACGACAAGUAUCGGCUAGACCUGCUCAUGCAGGCAGGAGUGGAUGUGAUAGUUCUGGACUCUUCUCAGGGGAACUCAGUGUUUCAGAUCAGUAUGAUCAACUUCAUUAAACAGAAAUAUCCAGAACUACAAGUGGUGGGAGGAAACGUGGUGACUGCUGCUCAAGCAAAGAAUCUUAUAGAUGCUGGUGUUGAUGCUUUACGAGUGGGCAUGGGCUGUGGAUCCAUCUGCAUCACACAGGAAGUGAUGGCGUGUGGGAGACCGCAGGGCACAUCUGUGUAUAAGGUGGCUGAAUACGCCCGGCGUUUUGGGGUUCCGGUCAUUGCAGACGGUGGCAUCCAGACGGUUGGGCACGUUGUCAAAGCCCUUGCAGUGGGAGCUUCCACAGUGAUGAUGGGGUCAUUGUUAGCGGCAACCACAGAAGCGCCCGGUGAAUAUUUUUUCUCAGAUGGUGUACGACUGAAAAAGUACCGUGGCAUGGGCUCUUUGGACGCCAUGGAGAAAAACAACAGCAGUCAGAAACGUUACUUUAGUGAAGGUGAUAAAGUGAAGGUGGCUCAGGGAGUCUCUGGCUCAGUUCAGGAUAAAGGCUCUAUACACAAAUUUGUUCCUUACCUCAUUGCUGGAAUUCAGCAUGGCUGCCAGGAUAUCGGUGCAAAGAGCUUGUCCAUUCUGCGAUCGAUGAUGUACUCUGGAGAGCUGAAGUUUGAGAAGAGGACGAUAUCUGCUCAGGUUGAGGGCGGAGUUCAUGGACUGCAUUCAUAUUCUUUUGUGCCAUUCAUGAGAAGCGGUUAUAUUGAGCCAGGCAGCAGGGGGCAUCCGAGAGCUGGACCCAAUGUCCCGUCACCAGCCAUCACUAAACACAGCAGCUGAAAGUGAUUUCUGCUAUCCUCAACCCCUUUAUCCUUUUUCCUGGUGGCUCUUGACUCUAGAUAAACAUUCAAAUGAAAAAACUGUCUGAUUGUUAAAAAAGCCAGCAACAGUGCUGAAUGUACUAUGGACUUUCUUGUUUUUAUUUUUAUUUUUUUGUUCGGGCUUUCCUGAAGAAAUUAGACUUGGCACUAGAGAUAUUAUUUUCAAAAUCCUUUGAAUGUACAGCAUUAUCUGAAAUAUGGAGAUGCUAAUUGUGUUAAUGUAAGAGAGAGUAUGAACAUUUAUGAUCUAUGUUGGGUAUGUUUCUCCAGACUGUCUUGCUGGUUCAUUGUAAUUCAUAUUGUCUGUUAUUACAAUAGUAACAAUAUUUUUGUGACCAUCGUGGUAUAUGACGAAUUCAUGUGCAUACCACAUUGCCAUUAGAGUGUUAUGAGUUCAGUUUUAAUGUAAUCUAAGAAAGGCAUUUGUUUUCUUUAUUUUUCCACUAGGGUGGGUUUGCAGGCUGCUUGUGUCAUGAUGCUUUUCAAAUUACCAUUAGAAUGAUGUUAUUCUGUGGACCCGAUUAUGAGUAUCAGCCUUAAAAUCAGGUAUUCUGUACUGUUACUCGCCUUGCACUAGUCAAUAAUGUACACUGACAUUAGAGGCGCUCAUUUCUUAGUUUAUUUAACAGUUUCACACACUUGUAUCAUUUAACUUAGAAGCAUUUACAUAUAUCGAACAUUUUACAGUAUAAAAAAGGACAGUCUGAAUUGUAGGACAGUCAAAAGCAUUUGCUGUAAAAGUGAUACUUUCAACUUUGGGCACCAUUUGGUAGUUUGCAAAGACUUGUGUUGUCAUUCUGAAUGUAAUACAGUUUAUAGAAUAAAGAAUGAGUUUUAUAAA